UUUCUUUCUGCUUCUCAAUCUUCUGCCAGAAGCGCCUCUGAACUUUACUGCACACGCGACGCUUUUAUUACGGGUUUGGAUUGAGAGAGGCGCGUGCCAUCAGAGAGCUGGAAAGCAUCUGCAAUCAAGGAAUAUAAGAGUUUCAGAGGGACACUCUAUCAUACAGGUGAACGAUGCUGUCCUUGCUUUUGCGGAGUAUGUGUUUCUGGGUCUUCUCAGCCACAGCGUCUUUUGAUUACGUUUACACUGAGCCUGAAAGCACACUGAGCGUCAGCAUACCCAACGAGCUUCCUCUCCAGCCUUUGAUGGGUGACACAUUAGUUCUGCCCUGCUACUUCCAGGACAACACAGUCAAUGACCCUGGUGCCCCCACCAUUGCCCCUUUGUCUCACCGGAUCAAAUGGAGUUUGGUCACCAAAGAAAAGACCACAAACAUUUUAGCGGCAUCUGAAGGAGUACUGGGUGCCAAGUUGGCCACCACAGGACAGCUGUACCUGGCAUGGAAGGAUGGUAUGGAUGUUUGUAAUGCAGGCUGGCUGGCAGACCGGAGCGUCCGCUACCCCAUCAACAUCGCCCGAUCGCAGUGUGGGGGUGGCCUGCUAGGAGUGCGUACCGUCUAUCUGUUUCCCAAUCAGACUGGCUACCCUCUCUCAGACUCCCGCUAUGAUGCAUUUUGCUACUCUGAAACGGCUGAGGAAGGUUCUGGCCUAUUGCCAUUCGUCAUAGAGACGACCACCAAAGCCGGCAGUGAUGUCCUGAGCGUGGACACAAUCACAGCACGCCCCCAGGUCUUUUUAAAGCCCACCUCCACAGGAAGUGAACUGCAGGGAAAAGUUGUAACAUACAAGCCAUCAGUGACCACUAGUGUCGAGUUCCCAUAUACUGCACUAAAUGUUUCCCAGCUGCCCCUUUCACCACCCCCCAGCUCUGUGGACACUGUGGAAGGGGUCACUGAUGGGACUGAUCUUGCCUCCGAUUUAUCCCGUUUGAAUGAAACCGAAGCUAUCAUGUCUACCACAGGGGUGGUCUUCCAUUAUCGUGCAAGCUCCGGUCGUUAUGCUUUUGACUUUUUCGAGGCUCAACUGGCAUGUCAGAGCAUCGGUGCAGUCAUUGCCAGUGCCCAGCAACUGCAGGCAGCCUAUGAGUCUGGUUACCAUCAAUGUGACGCUGGCUGGCUGUUAGAUCAGACUGUUAGGUAUCCCAUUGUGUCUCCACGUGAGAAAUGCUCUGGUGAUUUGGAGCAUGUUCCUGGUGUGAGGUCUUAUGGACUGCGUUCUGCUGAUGAACGCUAUGAUGUGUACUGCUAUGUGGACAAAUUACGGGGGGAAGUUUUCCAUGCAAGUUCAUUCGAGGGAUUUACUUAUGGUGAAGCAGUGGCUUACUGCCAGGGCAAGAAUGCCUCCCUGGCCUCCACAGGAGACCUGUAUGCCACUUGGAAGCAGGGCUUUGAUAAGUGCCGUGCUGGCUGGCUUCUUGACCGCAGUGUACGUUACUCCAUCAAUAACCCGCGGCAGCAGUGUGGUGGAGGGAAGGCUGGAAUUCACACAGUUUACAAGUUUCCCAACCAGACUGGCUCUCAUGACCUGCACUCCAAAUUUGAUGCAUACUGCAUCAAGGUGGAUCUGGAUCUGUCUCUGAAUGAAAGUGAAACAAACAUGACGGUGACAGAGGAAAAGAUAGUGAGCAUGACAUCCCUCCCUGCUCUUCUCAAACCUGAAGGAGCAACUCUUACUACUAUCCCUGCGGAACCCUCUGGAUCUGGCGCAUCUGGGGCCAGUGGCACUGAUGAUCAGUUGAGUAGUGGGAGCGGGGAUCAGCCAAGUGGGUCACCUGCUUCAAGUGGAGACUCUUCUGGGGCUAGUGGCACCGAUGAUCUGUUGAGCAGUGGGAGCGGGGAUCAGCCAAGUGGGUCACCUGCUUCAAGUGGAGACUCUUCUGGGGCCAGUGGCAUUGACAGUCUGUCGGGCAGUGGAAGCGGGGAUCAGCCGAGUGGGUCAUUUGUUUCAAGUGGAGACUCUUCUGGGGCCAGUGGCAAUGGCAAACUGUUGGACAGUGGGAGCGGGGAUCAGCCAAGUGGGUCAUUUGUGUCAAGUGGAGACUCCUCUGGGGCCAGUGGGAGUGGGGAUCUGCCAAGCGGGUCUUUAGGUUCUUCGGGAUCUGGCAGUGGCUUAGAUAUUCUAGUGACCUUUUCAGGAAGUGACUCAGUUUUAUCAGGUGUUGGAUCAGCUUCAGGAAGACCCGAGGAGGCUGGGGAGGCAGGCACACAGUUCCUGACCUUUCCCUUUGGCCAGGGCUCAGGCCUCUUCGGAUUGGACACCUCUGGAUCAGGAUCAGGAAGUGGGUCAGGGUAUAGCUCUGAAGAGAGUGGAUCUACCUCAGACUUUUCCAGCAGCUCAGGAGAAAGUGACGAGAGUGGAGACCUUUCUGGCAUAUUCUCAGGAUCAGGUUCUAGCAAGGAGUCCUCAGGAUUCAGCGGUUUCCCAUCAGGAAUUUUUCCCUCUGGAGGAUCCAGUGGCAUUUCAUUAAUUGAUGGCAGUGGUGACAUCAUGGUGGAUAGCCCUUGGGUGAAGGUGUUCACUGCUCCACAUUUAACAGAACAAGAGCUGGGUGGAAGCCAUGUGGAUUUCAGCGGAUCAGGACAUAUCUCAGGGUCUGGGAUGAGCAUUGAUGUCUCUGGGAUGAGCGGUGAUAUCUCUGGGAUGAGUGGUGAUAUAUCUGAAGUUAGCGGUGUCCACAGUGGCUCUGGGAGUGGUUUAGAGUUUUCUGGUCUGACAUUUUUGGAAUCGGGCUUCAUUGAUCUCACAGAACAACCUCAUGAGCAGGAAGCGUCUGGACUUUUGCUGUUUGGGUCUGGUGAGGGAAGUGUAUUUACAUCUGGAGUCUAUGCCAUUGAAUCAGGGGAAAGAUCAGGGGAAUCAUCUAGCAGUGAUAUCAUCUUCUCCAAUAAUGGCAUGGUGGAAAUGUCCAACAAGCCCUUCCAAGGCAUGGAGCUAGGAAGGGGGGAGGUGGAGUACAGUGGCACCAUCAGGUUGUCCUCAGGGAGUGGAGACGACCAAAGUGCCUUUGCUAGUGGACAAGAACAUGAAUGGAUCCCAGUUACGGAAGAUAUGCCAACAGUGAACUUCAGUGAUGCUCCCUCAGAUGUACUAUCUGCUCAAGGGCCAUCUGGCCUGUACAGUGAUGCUUCAGGACCUCCAUUGCCUCCAUUGUCAGAACCAGAGGGAAUCAAGAGUAAACUUGACACUGUUACUUCUGCAGCUUUGUCUUCUACCACAGAACCUACUUCUAUACAGAGCCCUUCUGUCAUGGAAGGACUUGUUGUGAAUGCUUCUCUUAACCCAUGUGAACCAAACCGUUGUGGAGCUGGGGUGUGUUCGGUGAAGGAUGGGGUGGGCAUUUGUCACUGCCCACCUGGACUGCAUGGAGAAGAGUGCCAGUUUGAGGUUGAUGUUUGCCAUUCAAACCCUUGCGCCAAUGGAGCCACCUGUGUGGAGGUGGAGGACACUUUCAAAUGCUUAUGUCUGCCCAGCUACGAAGGAGACCACUGUGAGAUUGGUAUGAGGCUGCUUCAACUAAUUCUACUAACGGUCUUUCAAAAACAACCUUAAGGUGACACACAGCUCUAGAUGUUGCUGUAGUGGAACGAAAGUCCCUGGAAACGUAUUUGUGUGUCGAGUAGGGAUUGGUGAGGGUUUUUUUCCCCUGUGUGUGUGUGAGAGAGAGUUUUGUCUGUCAAU